GUAUGUGUUUCAGUAGGAUGUUAAUGAUCGGUGCACACCAAGACAUCACCAAGCCAAAGAGCAGGAAGUCGCCUUCACGAGUUGCUGUUGUAACUCUCAGAAGACGCUAUUGUACUCCUCUCUAGUGCACGUGGCCAAUGAGGCAUCUAGCAGCUGAUUGGUCGUCAAGAAGAAUGUCCCCUCAUCCACAGGGUGGGAGUUCCACUUUGGAGCAGGUGGACAGACGACCUAUUAAAGAAGAAGAAGAGGAGGAGCCACACACCCCUCUAAUUAAAGAUGAAGAAUUGGAGCCACAUACCCUCGAUGUGAAAGAGGAAGAAGAGGAGCCACAGCCCCCCCACAUUAAAGAGGAAGAGGAGGAGCCACAGCCCCCCUGUGUGAAAGAGGAAGAGGAAGAACUCUGGAUCACUCAGGAGGGAGAGCAUCUUCUAGGUCCAGAGGAGGCUGAUCUCACCAGGUUGCCACUGACUGGUGUCUCUGUGAAGACAGACGACCAUGAAGACAAACCACCUGAGUCCUCACAGCUUCAUCAUAGUCCAAGUGAGGAGAUGAGAGAGGCGGAGCCUUCAUGCAGCAGCUCACUGCAACACAUGACAACAGAAGCUGAUGGAGACCACUGUGGAGGAUCACAAGCAGACAACCUCUUAGCUCCACUGUCAGAUAGUGACGACACGACGUCACACUCUCCUGAAGGUGAAGACAGCGACUACAACCAAGAAUCUCUGAGCAGCGAUACAGACUGGGAAGGUGAUAUGACGACUCACACUGGCAACAAACACUCUGAAAGCUCGAAAAAGAAGACAGAUAAACCUUUUAACUGCUCACUUUGUCAGAAAGGAUUUUCUCUUAAGAGUCUGUUGACUCAACAUCUGAGAGCUCACACAGGAGAAAAACCUUUUAGUUGCUCAGACUGUGGUAAACGCUUCACUUUAAAAACAAACAUGGAAAGACACAUGAGAACACACACAGGAGAAAAACCUUUUAGUUGCUCAGACUGUGGUAAAUGUUUCACUCAAAAGACUACCAUGAAAAGACACAUGAGAACGCACACAGGAGAAAGACCUUACAGUUGCUCAGAAUGUGGUAAAUGCUUCACUCUAAAGGCUAACAUGGAAUUACACAUGAGGACGCACACAGGAGAAAGACCUUUCAGUUGCUCAGAUUGUGGUGAACGCUUCACUGUUAAGGCUAACAUGCGAUCACACAUGAGAACACAUUCAGGCGAAAAACCUUUCGGUUGUUCUGAGUGUGGCGAACGCUUCACUCGAAAGGCAACCAUGCAGUUGCACAUGAGGACGCACACAGGAGUAAGCCCUUUUCGUUGCUCACUUUGUGGUAAAAGCUUCACCCUGAAGACUUACUUAAAGUUACACAUGAGAACACACACGGGAGAAAAACCUUUCAGUUGCUCAGAUUGUGGUAAAGGCUUCACUCAAAAGACAGCUAUGCAAUCACACAUGAGAACGCACACAGGAGAAAAACCUUUUAGUUGUACAGACUGUGGGAAGUGUUUCACUCAAAAGACAACCAUGAAAAGACACAUGAGAACACACACAGGAGAAAGACCUUUCAGUUGCUCAGACUGUGGUAAAAGCUUCACCCUGAAGGGUAACAUGCAAUCACACAUGAGAACACACACAAGAAAAACCUUUCAGUUGCUGUGACUGCCUGCACCAAAUGCUUCACUCCAAAGUCAAGCAUGCAAUUAUACAUUAAAAGACACGCAGGAGAUUAACCCUUCAGUUGCUCAAAUUGUGGUGACACAUUUUCAAGGAGGUGUUCUUUGAAAACUCACAUGCAGAGCCACUGAUGGUCUACUUUUUGACUUUCCUGACGUCCAUGCAGGCUGUGUUGCAGUGAAAGUAAUAUUGUGUGAAUGUGUCUAUGUUCAAUAAAUAUA